GGUGACCAAGCAGUGAAAGGAGAGAGAGAGGGAGGGAGAUGGAGAGUUUGUGUGUAUAUCUUGAAGAGACAUAGAAAGACAGGAGGGAGCAUCUGGAGCAAACUCUCCUUCUCUCAGACGGCUUCCUUUGGACGUCAAUUCCCCCCCCCCCCCCCAAGUCCCAUCAAAAGGGCCGCCGUGUGGACGGGUUGGAAGCAAGGCCAACAAUUUGUUUGCUUUUUUUUCUGAAAGAUCUACUUCUCUUUCCUGUUUGUGUGAUUUGGAAGAUUUGUACUUUUUUUUUUCCUUCCUUGUAUUUCUACCCCUUGUUUUAUCUGAUGGUCAAUCCACUGGCUGAGCUUUCGGUAGCAGCGUCGACUGUCCCUGCGUGCGGUCCCCCCUCCGAAACGUAGCCCCGCAUCCAGCCGAUGGGACCCUGAAGCCGGACUCAAACACUCACACACCUGUUGGGUCAGCGACCGCAGCCCACCUCCUUCAAUUAAACGCAGUCAUGAGCAUCUGCAUCGCUGCUGCUGUUGUUGUCUGAGUGUGCGUGGAUCGUUGCAGCUGUUGUCGGGACACUUUGCUGAAUGUUAUAGUAAAAAGUUUCGGAGAGAGGGCCUUUUCACUUUUCAUAGAGAGAGGGAGAGAUGUCAUCCUACUACCCGCGCACCAAGGAUCUGGCUCGCACCAGGAAGUCGGUGUCGGAUUCACCACCCUCCUCACCUUCGCCCACCGCCAAAAACUUCAGACAUGAUAGAGUGACGAGAUUGGACUCUAGUGGAGGAGACAGCAUUGCAGACAAACCAUUAGGUCGCACCAGCUCCUACACACGGAGGGAGACCAGGCUGGCCGCACUGAAUAAGCAGGAGGAGGACUCAAGUACCAAGGACUAUAAGAAAAUGUAUGAGAAUGCCUUGCAUGAGAAUGAGAAGCUGAAGUCCAGACUGCAGGACAGCAAAGAUGAGCUGGCCAAGAUACGAUCACAGCUGGAGAAAGUCACUCAGAGACAAGACAGGAUAUCUGAGAGGUCAACUGUACUUGAUUCGGAGAAAAGGGAAAAACAGGCUCUGGAGAAGAGAGUGUCAGACAUGGAGGAGGAGUUAAAGCAGGGGGCCCCAAUGCGUUUCCGCUGUGGGUACCAGCCCUGACAGCAGCCCGGCCUGGAGGGCGGGCUGUCUUAGGGAAGGGGGGGAUGGUCUUAACUGAGCUCAAAUCGGACAACCAGAGACUAAAGGAUGAGAAUGGAGCUCUGAUUCGUGUCAUCAGCAAACUGUCAAAGUGAAAGAUACCCUUGAGUCACAAUUAAGCAUCAAUGAAUGUAACAACCCUAAUAUGAUGGUAUGACUAUAUAUGUUAUGGUUCGAAACAGUUCUUGGAUUACACCAACCACCGACUCGAGAAACAGCCCCGGUUAUUCCAAGUCGGGACAGAGGGAUGUCAAGAUUUGUGAAACACCACCAAGUGUACAAAUGAGUAACAUCUACCUUGUUUGUAACAAAUUAGUUAUUUUUCUAUAUCUUACACGUGUACAAAAUAGGGACCAGAAGUAGAUGUUUACUGGAGCUCUUAAGCUCCAGUAAUUUCAUCAUUGACUUCCAAUAUUGUAGGUCCACCUCACAUAUUUCCAUCACAUGUAUUUAUUUGUUGCCUCAUUGCACUGCAGAAAAGCUCCCCCCCCCCAUUGUCUUAAUUUAGAGAAAAGAGAUGAGUAUAAUCCUUUAUUUUUCAAACUACUGAAACAGUCCUGCAGUCCACAGAAGUACUUCUUUGAAUGGAGCAGCGGUGUUAAAGUUGAACAUUUUCUUAUGUAAAUUUGAUUUUUACACAACACAUCAAUAUAUCAGUCUUUUUUUUUCUUUUCCCAUUGCCAUUUUUUAUGAGAUGCUGGUAUGUUAUAUUUUUUUGUUUACCAGUGUCCUUUAUAAAGGAUUUUGUUUUUACAUUUUUUCCUCCCAGUUGCACAUCUGUGUUCCCUUUCUAAGCCUUGGCACGGCUAAAGAGAGGCCAAAUGGUUAGCCAGAGAAAAUGUAAUAAGUCACGUUUUGUUACUGAAAUAUAUUUUUAAAUUAUUUAUGCAUUUCUUACUUUCAGUCUUUCUACUUUGUGUGCUCAAGUUUACCUAGCAAUGCAAGGGCUUUGGAGCCUAAAGAGGGCCGCACAAUCAGUAUUAAUUAUUUUGGUCACAUCCGGUUUAAACAGAUGCACUUUUUAUUUUAUUUUAUUUUGAUAAAAUCUUAUUCUCUGGUUAGGGUUACCAUACAGUGUGUGGGACAUGUGCCUUCUAAAAGAACCGUACAGAUAUGGCUACAUGUAAAUAUACUGAAAUACGUGGUAAAGUGUAUUGAAACGUUAGAAAUAUGUAUUUAAGAACAGCUUAACUGUACACACACCACGGUUUACUCACUUUGAAUAAUAAACCAUUAAGAAGUAUGUGGGACUGCUGUGGAGACUGUGUG